AUGGCUGAAAAAAUCACCGAGGAACAGGUCGAUGACCUGCUCAAGAUCCUACGCUCCGAGGCCAGCAUCGACGUAAAGGUCCAGCACGUCACGGGCAUCAAGUCCGGCAUCAAGCAACACAAUGUCCCCGACGUCCUGAUCCCCCAGGUCUUCGACGGCCUCCGCACCGCAUCCGUCUCCCAGCAUGCCAUCCUCGUCAACGCCGGCUUCACGGCCUUGAACCACCUGCUCACGAGGCUGUCGCGUCAGGAGCCCAAGUACAUCGCCAAGGAGGCGAAGCACACCCUGCCGUUGGUCAUCGACAAGCUGGGCGACCCGAAAGAGAAGUUUAGGAGUCUCGCGUCGCAAGCCUUGACGACGAUAUACACCGCCGCCCCCAUGGACGUCGAGCGAUCGGUGCGAAACGUCGCCAUGGUCGGCAAGAACCCGCGCGCCAAGGAGGCCGGCAUGCAUUGGCUGCUUUACAUGCACCAGGAGCACGGCAUGCAGUUCCGCGCCUACGUUCCGACGCUUAUGGAGCUGCUCGAGGACGCCGACGGCAUGGUGCGCGACGUCGCUAAGAGCACCGUCAUUGAGCUCUUCAGAAAUGCGCCUGGUACCGCCAAAUCUGACCUCAAGCGCCAGCUCAAGAACUUCAAGGUCCGUCCCGCGAUCGAGCAGGCCAUCGUCAAGGAGCUGGCCCCAUCCGGCGAACGACCCGAGACGCCUCACGACGCCCCCGCGCCGCCAGUUACCAGACCGAAGCUCGGCGCCAGCGUGUCAUCCCUCGCGAGCGAGCGACCCAUCACGCCCGCGCCUCCCGCCGAAGCACGAAGCGAGGUAGAACCAGCAUACGUCAACACCAAGGGCGAAUUGGACGACAUUUUUAGGGAAAUGAUGUUGUACUUCGACGGAAGGGAGUCGGAGCAGAAUUGGCUGAAGCGCGAAGAGAGCAUGACGAAGCUGCGCAGGCUCAUCGCUGGAAACGUACCGCAAGACUACCCCGACAUCUUUCUGCUGGGUCUCAAAGGUCUACUCGAUGGAAUUAUCAAAGCCGUCAACUCUCUGCGAACCAGUCUGUCCAAGGAAGGCUGCAGUCUGGUGCAGGAUAUCGCCCUUACUUUCGGUCCCGGGAUGGAUCCUCUGGUGGAGCUUCUUAUGCAGACCUUCAUCAAGCUUUCAGCCGCGACGAAGAAGAUCAGCUCCCAGCUUGCCAACACUACCGUUGACAUCAUUAUCGGGAGAGUGACGUACAACUCGCGAAUCAUGCAACACAUCUCGAUGGCGUGUCAGGACAAGAACGUCCAGCCGAGGACGUAUGCGAGUGGCUGGCUGAAGACGAUUUUGAACAAGGAGGCCAACCACAAGAGUCAUAUUGAGCACGGUGGUGGCUUGGACAUGGUUGAAAAGUCGAUCAAGAGGGGCCUCAACGACGCAAACCCGGGAGUGAGGGAGAGAAUGCGUGGAACAUACUGGGUUUUUGCUCAAAUCUGGCCUGCGAGGGCCGAGGCACUCAAGGAUGCGCUGGAACCGACAGCUCAGAAGCUCCUCGACAAGGACCCGAACAACCCUAAUGCUCCAAAGAGGACAGAGACCGAACGCGCAAGACCGGGAUUGGGCUUGUCUAAGAGCACAAUGAGUAGCUCCAAACCGUCUCUGCGCGAGACAAUGAUGGCCCAAAAGAAGGCCAUGGGAUCCCGAAACCUGCCCCCUCGUCCGGGGUCUGCGAUGGCCAAUCUUUCUCCGGCUCGACCUCAGUCUUCAGCAGCCCCGAGCGCAUCAACAGGUCCAGCGGCCCCGGCAAAGACGACGGUUUCUGGAGGCAUGUCUGUCCGGCCUAUGCGACCUACGAAGAAGCGUCCGGAGAUGGCCGCGAGACCGGCAACAGCAGGACCGUAUUCAGUGAGGACCCAUGAUGGACACCACGGCGAAGCUCCAAGCCCAGAAACCCUCAGGAACAAGUCCACGACAAAGCCGAAAACAGAGGCGUCGCCUAGGAGAGUGCCCCCUCGAACGCGCCCCGGACAUGCGCCUCACGCCAGCGAGUCGAGCGUCGCGUCUCCUGGUGCCAAGUCUGCGCUGUCGAAAUCGGUGUCUUCUCCACGAACCAGUCCUGCGAAAACUAAGAGAUCUCAGACUGCGAUGCCUUCGAGCAGCCCGUCUAGAGAUAACGAAGAUCUCACUCUGGUCGUGCCCAACAUUGCAAGUUUGAGAGCUUCACUCCCUAGACGUGCCGCGUCGGAGGAACCCACAGCCGUAUCCAUGGAGAUUCCUCUACCUAGAGAGCAUAUGCCAGAACCUACACCAGAACCUGAGAUGCGAGCUUCCCCGUCACCUUCACUCCAGCCCGCGGCUGAGAUUAUUCCGGAGUCAGCUGUACACUCGCCAGUCCGUGACUCUGUGGAGGAGCCCGUUCUUCCAGUAGAAGCCCCUGCUGAGCCUCAGACGGAGGCACCGGUGGUCGCUUCCGAGGAAGCACCCGCCCCUAUCCCGGCUCAGCAGAACGAAGUUGAAUCUGGCGAGGCGCCUGCUGAUGUGAAGGUGUUUGAGGACCCUUUCGUCGAGGACCAGCCUGUUGACAAGUCCAGCCCUACUGGGCCGGUGCUCGAGGACAAGCCAAUCAACGAAGUCCCCGCUCCAGCACCUACCAACGGCGAGGUGAACGGGGCUCCAGAGACACCUGACAAGGCCCGCCAGACGUCCAAGUUGCUGGAGAGCGGCGUCACCAGAGUCAAGGCCAAGUCCCUGGACGUCCACGGCUUCAGAAAGCUUCAGUCAAUCAUAAGAGACGGUAAGGCCGUAUUCACAGACGAGAAGUUUGAGGCGCUUCUCCGCGGCCUCUUUGAGUAUCUGGAAGCGCCGCUUGAUAAUCUCGCGCCGGAGAGGGUCCAGGACGUCAAGGCUCAGAUCCUCGCGACGAUCAAGCUCCUGCUCAAGAAGGAGCGGGACAAUUUCCAGCCGCACGUUUCCCGCGGCCUCGAGUCGCUUGUUGAGACGCGCAGUGCCUACGACUCGCGGGUGCGCAUUGUCAGCGGCCUCGAGCUCCUCGCCGAAGAGCUCGUGGCCUUGGGUGACCCCCCUGAGAUCGUCGUGGUCAUGGCCAAGCUCCUCCAGGGCAAGCAGGACAACUCGGUCGAGGGCAGCCGCUGCCUCGCGACGGGUCUGCACGUCCUCAAGGAGCUGCUCGACAAGCGCACCGGCUUCGUGCCGUCGGAGGGCGAGCUCGCCCAGCUGGCCGCCCUCGCCGGUCGGUGCCUCGAGUCGGCGGACUCCGGCGUGCGCAUGGGCGCCGUGCAGCUGUGCGUGGCGCUUCACUCGCGAAUCGGCGACGGCCCGUUCUGGGAUCUCCUCAAGGGUGCCAAGGACGACCCCAAAAACCUCAUCACGUACUACAUUGCCAAGAAGCAGCGGGAGAGCAGCGUCGCGGCUUAG